CAACGGAGGUAGGAUGCUCCGCACCGAUGCCGCGUCUCUUGUAGCAUUGUUAAAAGCGGAGAGAGAGAGAGCGUGUAUCAUGUAGACAGGACAUCCGAGUACACCGGCUGGUUAUCUGAUCAAGCAUAAAACCGGCAGGGUGCAGAAAAAAAAAAAAACAUUUCAUAUCAACUGCGUAUUUACAAUCCCCAUAAGAAUAACCUGCAUAUCGUUAUAACCAUCUGCCUGUAUAGCCACCAGUAUAUGUUUGUAUUGAUUCAUUUUUGUGCUGUGCCUGAGGAACCGGGCUCAACGAUGCCAGCGAAGAAAGACAGCGGCGAGAGGCUCAAUCUGUAGAUUUGACUCCACCGUUCAUUAGUAAACCGCACAGACGGAUUAUUUUACGGCGUUUUACCUAGACAAAAGCCCAGCAUUGGACUUGGGGGGCGAAGGGCGACAGGGGAACAGCCGCCAUGGCCAAUGCCUCCACGGACCUGGACAACGCGGAGGCCCAGCGGCAGCUCAACAACAACAACCGUCCGGCCAGCACUGGACCCACCUGGGACACGGACAGCACCAGCGCCAAGCUCUUCGAGUGUUCCCGUAUCAAGGCUCUGGCAGAUGAAAGAGAUGCUGUCCAGAAGAAGACCUUCACCAAGUGGGUCAACUCCCACCUGGCGCGGGUGUCCUGCCGCAUCGCCGACCUGUACAAUGACCUGCGGGAUGGCUACAUGCUGACCAGGCUUCUGGAGGUCCUGUCUGGAGAGCUACUGCCCAGACCCACGAGGGGCCGGAUGAGGAUCCACUGCCUGGAGAAUGUGGACAAGGCCCUGCAGUUCCUCAAGGAGCAGAGGGUCCACCUGGAGAAUGUGGGCUCCCACGACAUUGUGGACGGCAACCACCGUCUCACCCUGGGCCUCAUCUGGACCAUCAUCCUCCGCUUCCAGAUCCAGGUGAUCAAGAUUGAGACAGAAGAUAACAGGGAAACACGCUCAGCCAAAGAUGCCCUUCUCCUCUGGUGUCAGAUGAAAACAGCAGGGUACCCUGAGGUAAACAUCCAGAACUUCACCACCUGCUGGAAGGAUGGCCUGGCCUUCAACGCUCUCAUUCACAGACACAGGCCUGAUCUCAUCGAGUUCCACAAGCUGACCAAAUCCAACGCCACGCACAAUCUACAGCAGGCCUUCAACAUCGCCGAACAGAACCUGGGGCUCACGAAACUUCUAGACCCUGAAGAUGUGAACACGGAGAACCCUGAUGAGAAGUCCAUCAUUACCUACGUGGUGUCCUUCUACCAUUACUUCUCCAAGAUGAAAGCCUUGGCUGUGGAGGGGAAAAGAAUUGGAAAGGUCCUGGAUAACGCCAUUGAGGCGGAGAAGAUCAUUGAGCGCUAUGAAGCCCUGGCCUCCGAGCUUCUGGAGUGGAUUGAGAAGACCAUCGCCAUUAUCAGCAAUCAGAAGUUUGCCAACUCCCUUACUGGUGUCCAGCAGCAGCUCCAGGCCUUCACCACCUACUGCACCAUUGAGAAGCCCAUCAAGUUCCAGGAGAAGGGCAAUCUGGAGGUCCUUCUCUUCACAAUCCAAAGCAAGCUCCGAGCCAACAACCAGAAGCCAUAUGUGCCUCAUGAAGGGAAGCUGAUCUCCGACAUCAAUAAGGCCUGGGAGAGGCUAGAGAAGGCGGAGCACGAGAGGGGCGUGGCUCUGCGAACGGAGCUGAUCAGGCAGGAGAAGCUGGAGCUCCUCGCCCAGCGCUUCGACCACAAGACCACCAUGAGGCAGGCCUGGCUGAACGAGAACCAGCGCCUGGUGUCUCAGGACAACUUUGGCUAUGACCUGCCGGCAGUGGAGGCAGCCAUGAAGAAGCACGAGGCCAUCGAGGCUGAUAUCUCCUCGUAUGAGGAGCGCAUCGGGGUGGUGGUGGAGCUGGCUGGGGAGAUGGAGGCAGAGGGCUACUACGACAUCCGGCGCAUUUUGGCGCGCAAGGAGAACAUCCUGGGGCAGUGGGGCCUGCUGAAGGAACUGGUGGUCGGCCGAAAGGCACGGCUGGAGAAGAACCUGGCCCUGCAGAAGACCUUCCAGGAGAUGGUCUAUAUGAUUGACUGGAUGGAGGACAUGCAGGUUCAGCUCCUGUCCAAAGAUUUCGGCAAGCACCUGCUGGAGGUGGACGACCUCCUCCAGAAACACAGCCUCCAGGAGGCCGACAUCACUGUGCAGGCGGAAAGAGUCCAGACGCUCAAUGCGGCCGCCCUGAAGUUCACCACUGUUGAAGGCUAUCAGCCCUGUGACCCCCAGGUGAUCUGCAACCGGGUCAACCACGUCAGCACCUGCCUGGAGGAGCUGAAGCAGCUGGCGGCCAAGCGGCGCGCCGAGCUGGAGGAGUCGCGGCAGCUCUGGGCCUUCUUCCAGGAGGUGGAGGAGGCUGAGGCCUGGAUCCGGGAGAAGACCUCCAUCCUGGCCACCCAGACCUUCGGCAAGGACCUGAGCAGCGUCCUGCGGCUCCUGGGGAAGCACAAGACCCUAGCGGGUGAGCUUCUCGCUCGGCGCUCCCUGCUGCAGCAGACCAUGAAGAAGGGCAAGCAGAUCCUAACGCAGAAGUGCUUCGGCACCAGCCGCAUCCAGGAGCGCAUCAUGGAGGUGAAGGGCGAGUGGAAGCACCUGGAGGACCAGGCGGCCCAGCGGCUGAGCAACCUGCAGGAGGCGCUCAACUUCUUUCAGUUCAACGCUGAGACCGACGACCUGCUGGCCUGGCUGCAGGACACUUACCGGCUGGUGUCCAGCGACGACUUCGGCCACGACGAGUACUCCACCCAGUCGCUGCUGAAGAAGCACCGGGGCGUGCGGGAGGAGAUCGAGAAGCACCGGCUGCACGUGGUGGCCCUGCGCAAGCACAUGGUGGGCCUGACGCUGCGCUACCGCGAGCUGGACGAGGUGCAAGCCCGCAUGGCCGAGGUGGAGCAGCUCUACACUGAGGUGGCCGAGGUGUCCGUCCUGCGGCAGCAGUGGCUUCACGAUGCGCUGGCCGUCUACCGCAUGUUCAGCGAGGUGAACGCCUGCGAGGUGUGGAUCGACGAGAAGGAGCAGUGGCUCAACAAGAUGGAGAUCCCUGAGCGGCUGGAGGACGUGGAGGUGGUGGCUCACAGGUUUGAGAGCCUGGACCAGGAGAUGAACAGCUUGAUGGGGAGGAUCCUGGACGUUAAUCAGAUCGUGCAGCAGCUGCUGGACAGUGGACACCCCAGCUCAGCGGAGGUGCGGGGCUGUCAGGACCACCUCAACGGCAGGUGGAACCGCAUUGUGGAGCUGGUGGAGCAGAAGAAGGACCACCUCAAUUCAAUCCUGCGCAUCCAGAACUACCUGCUGGAGUGCACGGAGAUCAAGUCCCAGAUCCAGGACAAGCGCAAGGCCAUCGACGCCACGCAGUAUGUGGGCAGCGACCUGGGCGGCGUGCUGGCUCUGCAGCGCCGUCUCUCCACCAUGGAGGGGGCACUGGGCGUGCUGGAGCCCAAGCUGCUCCGCCUGCAGCAGGAGGCGGAGGACCUGGCCGCCGCCCACCCGGACAAGGCCGUGGAGGUGCUGGUGCAGUUUGAGGAGAUCAGCGUGGAGUGGGAGGAGCUCCGGCGCACCCUCCAGGGCUGCGAGGACUCGCUGACGGUGGCCGGCCGCCUGCAGCAGUUCAUCCAGGACCUGGACGCCUUCCUCACGUGGCUGGUGCAGACACAGACGGCCGUGGCCUCCGAGGAGCUGCCCAACGCGCUGGAGGACGCCGAGCGGCUCAUCAACCGCCACGCCGCCCUGAAGGAGGAGAUUGGCCGCUACGAGGAGGACUACGAGCGGCUGCAGGCCGUCAACGAGCUGCUGGAGUCGGAGGAGGCGCCGCUGCCCUACGUGGCGCUGCAGCAGUGGCUGCAGAAGCUGGACGUGGGCUGGAACAAGCUGCUGGAGAUGUGGGAGAGCCGGCGGGAGGUGCUGGUGCAGGCGCACAUCUUCCACCUCUUCCUGCGCGACGUCAAGCAGGCCGAGGCCUUCCUCAACAACCAGGAGUCGGCCCUGGCGCACGUGGAGCUGCCCACCACAGUGGAGACAGUAGAGGGCGCCAUCAAGAAGCACAAGGACUUCACCACCACCAUGGAGAUCAACCUGCACCGCAUCAAGGCCGUCAUCGAGGCCGGGGAGAGCCUCAUCGGCCAGGGCAACAUCUACUCCGAGCGCAUCCAGGAGCGCGUCGACACCCUGGCUAACAGGAGCACUCAGAACCGUGAGCUGGCCCAGCAGUGGCUCAACAAGCUGAACGACCAAUGGGAGCUGCAGAGGUUCCUGCAAGACUGCCAUGAGUUGGGCGACUGGGUGGCGGAGAAGAUGCUGAUGGCCAGCGACACUACCCGGGACGAGGGGCAGAAACUGCACAAGAAGUGGCUGAAGCACCAGGCGUUUAUGGCCGAGCUGGCCCAGAACAAAGAGUGGCUGGAGAAGAUUGAGAAGGAGGGCCAGCAGCUGAUCCAGGAGAAGCCGGAACUGAGCUCAGUGGUGCGGCGGAAGCUGGGGGAGAUCCGCGAGUGUUGGCUGGACCUGGAGACCACCACGCAGGCCAAGGCCCGGCAGCUAUUCGAGGCCAACAAGGCUGACCUGCUGGUGCAGAGCUACACCAGCCUGGACCACCAGCUGUCCCAGCUGGAGGAGGAGCUCUCCACCGUGGACCAGGGCCAGGACCUGACCAGCGUCAACAAGCAGCUGAAGAAACUUCAGACCAUGGAGUCCCAGAUGGAGGAGUGGUACAAGGAGGUGGGCGAGCUGCAGGUGCAGGCUGCCUCCAUCCCCCAGCAGGGCCUGGUCCGGGACACCAUGAGCGAGAAGCAGGCGGUGGUGGAGACGCGUAUCGUGCGCCUUAUUGAGCCCCUCAAGGAGCGCCGCCGCAUCCUGCUGGCCUCCAAGGAGGUGCACCAAGUCAGCCGCGACCUGGAGGAUGAGAUUCUGUGGGUGCAGGAGCGCCUCCCCAUGGCCACCUCCAAGGAGCACGGGAACAGCCUGCAGGCCGUUCAGCAGCUCAUGAAGAAAAACCAGACCCUGCAGCGGGAGCUUCAGGGCCACCGGGCGCGGGUGGAAGACGUGCUGGACCGCGCCGGGGUCAUCGCCUCCAUCCGGAGCCCCGAGGCGGACUCGGUGCGGGCCGGCAUGGAGCAGCUGCGGCAGCUGUGGGAGGCCCUGCGGGCGGAGACGGAGCACAGGCAGCUGACUCUGGACGCCAUGUACCAGGCGCAGCAGUACUACUUCGACGUGGCUGAGGUGGAGGCCUGGCUGAGCGAGCAGGAGCUGCACAUGAUGAACGAGGAGAAAGGCAAGGAUGAGCCCAGCACCCUGCAGCUGCUGAAGAAGCACCUGGUGUUGGAGCAGACCAUCGAGGACUACGCGGAGACAAUAGGCCUUCUAUCCCAGCAGUGCAGACAGCUUCUGGAGCUGGGACACCCGGACAGCGAGCAGAUCAGCAAGCGGCAGUCGCAGAUCGACCGGCUCUACGUGUCCCUGAAAGACCUGGUGGAGGAGCGCAAGUCCAGGCUGGAGCAGCAGUACUGGCUGUACCAGCUGAACCGGGAGGUGGACGAGCUGGAGCAGUGGAUUGCCGAGCGCGAGGUGGUGGCCAGCUCCCCCGAGCUCGGGCAGGACUUCGAGCACGUCACGAUCUUGCAGGAGAAGUUCACGGAGUUUGCCUCCGAGACGGGGACGCUGGGCCAGGAACGGGUUUUGGCAGUCAACCAGAUGGUGGACGAGCUGAUUGACUACGGCCACACGGACGCGGCCACCAUCGCUGAGUGGAAGGACGGGGUGAACGAAGCCUGGGCUGACCUGCUGGAGCUCAUGGAGACCCGGGCGCAGAUGCUGGCCGCCUCCCACCAGCUACACAAGUUCUUUGCUGACUGCCGGGAGGUCCUGGUGCAGAUUGACGACAAGCAGAGGCGGUUGCCGGAGGUCCGGGCGCACCAGGGCGGCACAGCCAACACUAGCACGCUGCAGAGGAUCAUGCACACCUUUGAGCAGGACAUCCAGCUGCUGGUUACCCAGGUGAGGCAGCUGCAGGAGAGCGCGGCCCAGCUGCGGACAGUCUACGCCGGGGAGAAAGCCGAAGCCAUCGUUUUGAAGGAGCAGGAGGUCAUCCAGGCCUGGAAGGAGCUGUUGACCUACUGCGAAGAGUGCCGGGUGCAGAUCACCACGGCGACGGACAAGCUGCGCUUUUUCAGCAUGGUGCGCGACCUGAUCAUGUGGAUGGACAGCAUCAUCUGUCAGAUCGGGACAGGAGAGAAGCCCAGGGACGUGUCCUCCGUGGAGGUGCUGAUGAACUACCACCAGGGCCUGAAGAACGAGGUGGAGGCACGCAACAAGAAUAUGCUGCAGUGUGUGGAGAUGGGCAAGACGCUGCUGGCCGCCCGCAACCCGGCUGCCGAGGAGAUCAGGGAGAAGCUGGAUAAGGUUCUGGCCAAGCAGAGGGAGCUUACAGAGAAAUGGGACAAGCAUUGGGAAGUGUUACAACACAUGCUGGAGGUGCACCAGUUUGCCCAGGAGGCAGUGGUGGCGGAGGCCUGGCUGACGGCCCAGGAGCCCUUCAUCAACAGCAAGGAGCUGGGAGGCAGCGUGGACGAGGUGGAGCAGCUGAUCCGCCGACACGAAGCCUUCCGCAAGGCCGCCGCCACCUGGGAGGAGCGCUUCAGCUCGCUGCGGCGGCUCACCACCGUGGAGAAGCUGAAAGCGGAGCAGAGCAAGCUGCCCCCGACGCCGCUGCUGGGGCGCAAGGUGUUCCUGGACCCGCAGGAGACCUCGCCCUCGCGGAGCGCUGCCUCCUCCCUGAUGCGGCAGACCAUCUACGAGCACGCAGAGCCGCGGCUGGAGAGGCAGCUGCUGGAGCCGCCCACGUCCUCUGUCGCCCGGAGGCUGGGCUCCAUGGUGGCCAGCUACACGCCCGUCCUCAACGCCUCCGCCCCCUACAGGGGCCUGGACGGGCGAGGCGGCGGUGGGGGGGUGGCGGUGGCACCUGCUGUGGAGGCCAAGGUGGCCUACGUGCGACAGGACCUGAAGCCCGAGCGGCUGCAGCCCAAGAUCGACCACAUCCAUGAGGCGGUGCGCCCUCUGCUGGAGAUGGAGCGGGAGAAGGAGCGGGAGGCGGCAGCGGCGGCGGUGGUGGUGGCGGCCGAGGUGGUGGCAGCAGCGCGUGAGACCGGAAGGGAGCUGCUGAACGGCGACUCCCCGCGGGACACCCCAACGGGUGGCCGCUCCGACCCCCAGCCAGACCACAGGCGGGACCGGCGGCUAGAGCGGCAGGCCUCCAGCGAGCAGGAGAUCCAGGCUCGGCGGGACGAGCUGCCGCAGGAGGUGUGGAGGGAGCGGCGCGAGAGGCGGCUGGAGAGGCAGACGUCCAGCGAGCAGGAGGGCCAUGGGCAUGAGCCCCGUCGCAGGGACCGUCACCGGCUGGACAGGCAGGAGUCCAGCGAACAGGAGACCACCAGGGAGCACUCGGACAAGCGCUCUGCGGGGGAGAAGCGGUCCACCUUGGCAGAAAUUGUGGAGCAGCUACAAGAGAGAGAGGCAGCGCAGGCGCGGGGUGAGGUGCCCCGUCUUCCCAAUGGCCUCCCCGAGAAGUCAUCUCGACCCGACCGGCCGCGGGCGAGGGACCGGCCGAAACCGCGCCGGAGGCCCCGGCCCAAAGAGCCCAGCACCGGGGAGACGCGGCGGUCCCGCUCGGCGCCGGCCCAGAGCAGCCCGCCCGUGCCCCAGCCGCCGACGCACACGGCCCAGCGCGAGGGCUUCCUCUUCCGCAAGCUGGACAUCGAGAGCCAGAAGAAGAGCUCCAACAGGUCCUGGGUGAACCUCUACUGCGUGCUUAACAAGGGCGAGAUCGGCUUCUACAAGGACGCCAAGAACACCACCACACCUUACAACAACGAGCCGCUGCUCAACCUCAGCAGCUGCACCUGCGACGUCACCAACGGCUACAAGAAGAAGAAGAACGUCUUCACGCUCAAAACAAAAGAUGGCAGCGAAUUCCUGUUCCAUGCGAAGGAUGAGGAGGACCUGAAGGGCUGGAUCACGAACAUCACCACCAGCAUUGCCGAGCACGAGGAGAUCGCCAAAUGGGGGCAGCCCCAGCCUACUACCUCUUCCACAGACGAGGGCACGCGAAGGGACGGCAGCAAGGCCGACCGGUCGGAGAAGGGCGAGCGGUCUGACCGAGGGGACAAGGCGGAGAAGGGCGAGCGGUCGGAGAGGUCGGAGAAAGGCGAGAAGCCGGAGAAAGCGGGGAAAACGGACAAGCGCUCCAGCGCGUCGGGGAAGAAGAAAUGAGGGAGCCAAACGUGGGGUGGGCUGGGGGGGAGGGGGCGUGUGGCUCACUGGAUUCGGUGUCUCUCCCGUCCCUCCAGCUCCGCACCCCUCCCCUUUGACAUGGAUAAAUCCGGCAAAAAAGGAAAGGGACCAAUGCGAACGUGCGCAAAUAAUCAAGAGCACGUGCAGCCAGGCGUAUCCUCCUCUCUCUCUUUCUCUCUGUUGCUCCGAGGACUAGCUCGACACUAACCACCAGCUCUCGUUGCUCCAACGCUCUCUGCUUCUGCCCCAGGCAGUCGGAGCCCCCUAGUGGUCACAGCUGGACACUGCGCCACAGCCAGGUGGUAGGCUACUAAGAAAAUACCCCUACAAAAAGGUUGUUGUCACAGGUAUUAAUUUAAAGUAGCUCAUUAAGAAUGUUUCCUUUUGGAUUAACUGUAUCUAACUGUAUCUAUUUACCCGUCUGUCUAUCUAUCAGACACCAUAUCUAGCAUCUCAAGCAACAGUGAAUGAAAUAAGCCAAAAUGUUUUAAAACGCUGGCUUUUUUUGGAGAACUUCUGUUCUUUUUCCCUGUCUUCCUGCCAUCUUUCUUUUUUUAUUUUUCCUCCUGUCUUUUUUUCUCUAUCUUGUCGUCAACCCUCCCACUCGGGUUUUCCUCUUGUCACUUUGUAAUUCUACAUGAGGGCUCAACAACUCCUUUACCCAUUCCCCAGGGGCAUCCACAAGCCCAGCUUUGGACCGGAGAGGAAAUGACACAGAGAGCUGUGGCUGCAGAUUUCAGAAAUUGCUCAGACAGCAGAGUUUUCGGUAGAAAAUGCUCAGACAAGAAAGCUGAAAACAUGAGCUAAGCUUUACAUGAUGCUCAGUACGAGGUGUGACAAGUUGGCACAAACCUGGUCUCGGUGUCAUUUAGCCUUCUGUACCAGCAAGGCCUGUCUAUGGGGAGGUGGAAGAGCAACAAGGAGGUGAAGCUGAAAGGUCAAAGCCCGCUACGGUGACAGACAUAUCCAUUUCCCUUUGGCCACAGUAGCAAGAUGCAAGAUGGAGGACAAGGGGGCCCACAAGAGAGGAAACCUUUUGUACGAUUUGAGAGGGGGGGAUUGGAAGGCAAGUCUUCACCCAGUGAAUGCUCAGUGCGUCUGUUACCCGUAUUUAUGUCAUGUGUUGAUUUCAAAGACCUCAUUCCCAAAGGACAAAAAGAUAUUUGUGUAUCGCUGUUCACCACAGCCAGGGUCUCAUAGCUCAGGUUCAGUUUGAUUCUGAUUUUGUCUCCUCAGUCACUCUUAGUCUUCCAUGCAUGGCAGAAAUCUCUCUUUCGAAAGGCACACGGGUGCAUUCCUUCCUGCGCUGAAACCAAUGCUGGAUCGCCUCGCUGGUGUUAUGGCCAAAGCGAGGCUCGAGGUUGUGGGG